UUUGGCAUUGCCAUGGCUACGAAGCCCCUCAGCAUGGGAUCUGAGAGCGAGAAAAUGAAGCUCAAGAGCCUCCUACUCCGGUAUUACCCUCCAGGAAUUAUGCUGGAAUAUGAAAAAAGUGGAGAAUUAAAGACCAAAUCCAUAGAUUUGCUUGAGCUCGGCCCUAGUACUGACGUCAGUGCUUUGGUGGAAGAGAUCCAGAGAGCAGAACCUCUGCUCACGGCCUCCCGGACACAGCAAGUCAGCCUCUUGGUGCAGAGACUGCAGGAGAAGCUCAGGCAACACAGCGACCACAGCUUCUACCUGUUUAAGGUUCUCCGAGCACAUAUACUACCAUUGACUAAUGUUGCACUUAACAAAUCAGGCUCAUGCUUCAUCACGGGGAGCUAUGACCGGACUUGCAAGCUCUGGGACACUGCCUCUGGAGAGGAGCUGCACACCCUGGAGGGUCACAGGAACGUAGUUUAUGCCAUCGCGUUCAACAAUCCUUAUGGUGACAAAAUUGCCACCGGGUCCUUCGAUAAGACUUGUAAACUGUGGAGUGCAGAAACAGGGAAAUGUUACCAUACCUUUAGGGGCCACACAGCAGAAAUAGUGUGCUUAUCGUUUAACCCUCAAAGCACGCUGGUGGCUACUGGAAGCAUGGACACGACGGCCAAGCUGUGGAACAUCGAGAACGGAGAGGAAGUGUGCACGCUGACGGGGCACUUGGCAGAAAUCAUUUCCUUGGCAUUCGACACGUCUGGAAACAGAAUCAUCACUGGGUCCUUUGACCACACAGUUGCAGUGUGGGAUGCUUCUACUGGGAGGAAGGUGUUCACCCUCAUCGGCCACUGUGCUGAGAUAAGCAGUGCCCUAUUCAGCUGGGAUUGCUCACUGGUACUGACCGGCUCCAUGGAUAAGACCUGCAUGUUGUGGGAUGCCACCAAUGGAAAAUGCGUGGCAACCUUAACAGGCCAUGAUGAUGAGAUUCUAGACAGCUGCUUUGAUUACACUGGAAAGCUUAUUGCAACCGCCUCAGCUGAUGGAACCGCCAGAGUUUACAGCGCAGCCACAAGAAAAUGCAUCACCAAAUUGGAAGGCCAUGAGGGCGAAAUUUCCAAGAUUUCUUUCAACCCGCAAGGGAACCGUCUCCUGACUGGCAGCUCUGACAAAACAGCUCGAAUCUGGGACGCGCAGACCGGCCAGUGCCUGCAGGUCCUCGAGGGACACACUGAUGAAAUCUUCUCAUGUGCUUUCAACUAUAAAGGCAACAUCGUCAUCACAGGUAGCAAGGACAAUACCUGCCGGAUAUGGCGUUGAAUGGAGAGGUUCGCAGGUGAGCAGACCUACCAGCAGCUGUGGUCGAGACCUGGCUGAGGCGUCCCGAGGAAGAGCAAGCGCUUUUGAUAUUUCAAGUACUUUCCCUUCAUCUGCAAGUCCGCUCUUCAUGCACUCUGUCCUCAUCUUUGCAUAUAUAACCAUUAAAACUGAUGGCAUCUUGUCAUUUCUUGAUGUUAUUUGGUGGGAAUGGCAGGAGCAGCUUAGGGUUUGGUGCUUCUAAGUGAUUUCAGUUGCAAUUUAUUUUUCAAUAGCAUCAUGAUGCUGAUAAAUGAAACCAGACUGGUUUGCAAUGUAUUGCCUGGAUUCCACCUUGAAGGCCAUUGUUAUAAUUUCUGCUGAA